UAGUGAGUAAACUCCUGGAAAGUCCGUGUGAGGGGAGGUGUUAACCUCGAAUCUGUCGAAUACCUCUGCCCAUGCUUGUCUCAUAACAGUAGUUCGUCAUCGAGCAGGAAGACUACAGAGCUAAACGUGUUGACUUUUCCGUCAGGAGACUCUGCGGGUCGGAGCUUCGAGCUGACUUCCUGCUGACCCACCCUCCGUAUACGGAAAGCUGCAAAAAUAAAGAGACAAUGGCCACGAGAUCCACCAUCCACUUGUGGCUCUUUGCAAUGAGCUCCAUUGCAUCUGCAGGUCCAUUGUUUCGCAGUCCCUGUGAGUUGUUGCCUGUGGUGACGGUUCACCCAGUGCAGGCCAUGAUGACGAAAUUCAGCGCCUUGUCUGGCUGUGCAAGCCGAGGCACCACCAGCCUCCCCCAGGAGGUCCACAUCAUCAACCUGAAAGGACAAGCUACAGAGGGACUUGACCACACCCCACUAGAGGUUGAGCUGCAUCUGAAGCCCAUCCAGUCUUUGCUGCGCCACCAGAAGCCCCUCUCCUUUGUGCUCAACAACCCCCAACCAGUGAUCUGGAAGAUCAAGACGGAGAACCUGGCCCUGGGCAUCAAACACACCUUUCAUAUAUCUGAGGCCUCUGAAGUCCAUUUUCCACCAGGAAACUUCUCCCUUGCCUGCCAGAUUCGCAAAGAGACCCUUCCCCAUGGCAAUGAGCGCCUCCUCAACUGGGCUAUGAAAAUCUACGGGGCAGUGACCUCAUUCUCUGAGCUCCGGAUGACUAAAGACAUAUACAUCAAAGUUGGCGAAGAUCCUGUGUUUCCCGACACCUGCAAAAUUGACUCAAAGUUCUUGUCGCUGAACUACCUGGGCGGCUACACGGAACCACAACCGUCUAAAGGUUGCAUUGUGUCUUCCGCUGACCGAGGCCAAGACCAAGAAGUCCACAUCAUUGAGCUCCAGGCACCAAACUCAAGCAGCGCUUUCCAGGUGGACAUCAUCGUGGAUAUACGGCCUGUGGACGCUGACCGGCCACUUCAUCGCAACGUUGUCCUGGUGCUCAAGUGCUUGAAAUCGGUCAACUGGGUCGUCAUGUCACACAACGUGAUGGGAAAGUUGGACAUCGUGGCCUCUGAUACAGUGAGUGUCAGCACAAACAUGGGGAGGCAGCUGCAAGUGUCCAAAUCCCCAAAGCAGCAGUUGCCUGUGGGUUCUCAGGCUCUUAUCAAGUGGGCAGAGGAUCACAACUACAGACCUGUCACUACAUUCACCCACACAGCAGUGGCCAACCGCUUCGAGGUUUUACUGAAGGAGCCAGAUGUGGUGGACCAUAUAGGGAGUAUGUUUCUCCCGGAAGUGCCCGACCUCAAAGACUUCAUUCCGCAUCCAGGAAUUGGAGGGGCUUCCGGGCGCUCCGGCCUUCCUUUUCCUUUCCCUGUGUCCGAAGGUGCAACUCACCUGUCACUACCCUCCAUCCUGGACGAGCGACCCUGGGUACAUGCUGAACCUGAGGAGCACCAGGGCGUCCUCAAUGUGGGUUUGACUGUGCAGUGUGAGGACACAAAGAUGGUGGUCAGUCUGAGCAAAGAAAGCCUGCAAGCGAAUGGUGUCUUUAAUGCCAACCUCACCCUCCAAGACCCAGAAUGCAAAGCAACAGUCAAUGCAACCCACUACACCCUGGAAACUCCCCUAGGGGGAUGUCAGACCACCGUUUUUCCCAUGCAGGGCAGUGCUAUGGCCUUGCACCUCAACUCUGUUUUGAUCAACCAUGCGGAGCACAGGGAUGGGAGUGGUGGCCCUGGGGAUUUUGAGGAUUUGGAGUCUGGCGAGGUGCAUUUCCCUAGGGACAUCAUGGAGAGGUCAUUUAGGCAACCCAGGGAACAGCAGUCUUCCAUUGGGUUCAAUUGCACCUACAAGCAGAACAAGGAAAGCAAAGGGACUCUUCCCGGGAUCGUGCCAGAACCAAGACCACCAGUCAGUGACAACAACUUCUCAUACACUAUGGAGCUGUACAACACACUGCCAGUCAUUAAUCCGACUCGCCAGGCCUUCUAUACCAUCAAGCAGAAACAGAAAGUUUAUGUUGAGGUGACAAUGACUGCCGCUGAUCACAACCUGGGGUUCAUCAUCACAUCGUGCUUUAUCUCUCCGAACACCAACCCCAUGAUGACGUCUGGCUACAUGCUCAUCGAGACAGUCUGCCCAACAGAUGACUCGAUCAGGUUCCACCCUCUGAAUACAGAUAGCCGGACGGAGAAAAAGACAUUCAGUUUCAACUUCAAAUCAAAGUUCAAUUCGUCCUUCCUCUUCCUGCAUUGUGAGAUGUCGCCGUGCACCAAGAGACCUGAGAUCAACGAAAGGCUACCACAGUGUUUGUCAUCCAGCGAGAACUGUGAUCUGUCUCCGGGCAAUAUCGUGAACAUCAUGUUGAACACCAAGUAUUCCACCAAACCACUUGUUGUAGUAGACAACUCUGGUCGGCCGAAUGUGACAGUUCCUUGGAUCCCUCCUGGUCCCAACACUGAAACCGCAGUGUACUUCCUGGACACGCCGACAGUGGUGGGCAUCGCUUUCGCAGCCUUUUUCAUCGGAGCGUUGCUGACCGGAGCUCUGUGGUUCAUCUACACUCACACAGGAGGAACAGCUGGCACACAGCAGGUCCAGAAAUCUCAGCCUGCCUCAGAGAACAGCAGCGCCGCCCACAGUAUUGGCAGCACGCAGAGCACGCCCUGCUCCAGCAGCAGCGCGGCAUAGCAGCAGCAGGAAACAAAGCCUGAGCUGGCUGGCUGACAUCACAAGUCCCCCUAUAAGACAGAAGAAAACACACAAUUCGGAUUAGUAAAACCCUUUUCCUGCCACUUCAAAUAAGCUGAUAACAAAAGCCAGCCUGGCAGUCAAAGCUGAGGGUCAUAAAAAGACAAGAAACAAUCACAUUUGGUUCCAAUCUCAGCAUUCAGAUUUGCUGACUUAACAUGGUCUUAUUUGGAGGAAGCACAGCCAUUCCAAAAUCAUUGAUAAUUGGAUCAAGAAGAUGGCAAAGGAGACAGACCACUACUCACCUUCUGACCAAAGUGCAGCGUACUCACACAGUGAGACUGCGACUCAGAGAAGAUUGAAUGUAUCCACAAGUGUAAACUCCAAUCAAUGUGAAAGAAAGCUGUGAAGACGGGCUACCAAUCCCUCAUUUUGGCUUCAUAUUAAUCCACUGUACAGUAGAUAACGUUGUAAAAAAGCUAUAGCAAAUGUACAGUCAAGUUUUCACCUCAAAGUCCGAGAAAAAAAGAUUGAUAUAGUUAAACAACACGUCAGACUUAAGAGACAAUCCCAGUGUUGGAGCUGCAUUUAAUGUCAUUGUUAAAAUUGGCAGGAAGCUGCACCAGGCAGCCGGAAGCUUUCCAAUAGCUGUGCGUUUUAAAUAGCACUCAAUUACUUAACUCUUUGGUUAGUGCUUUUUUUCAAAACAAAAGUCAAACUUUUUAUUUAUUAUUUUUCUCGUGCUACUUUUGAGAAGAAAGUAGGCCAAAGCAGCAUUGUUUCCUGUCUGAGGGGCAGUGUGAUGACUUAAACUAUUGAGGAAAAUUAGCAUGGCAUGUAGAAAGAGGUUGCAAUGUUGAGGAAGCUUUCCAGUGACUCCAGUGCACUAUGGUUAUUUUUGGUCCAGUAAAUGGUAUUUUUGCAUUUCAAACUGUACCAUUCAUUUUUCAUCAAUGGCCUAUCAGCUGUGUACUUUAUCAAUCUUCUCAUCUCACUUUGAGCUAAUAUACUGAUCUUUCAAGCGUGUAUAGGUUUGUGUACAGUGUAAAUACUGAUAAAUGUUAUGUGAGGUUUCUGAGCUCUGUCGUCUGGAAAUGACGGAGGUUUGCAUAAAUGAUACAAGUCAUAUUUCAGUGUUGUGACUUGAUGUUGAAUAUUGAAGCAACGUGAGUUAAUAAUAUUCUAUCAAGAAAGUCAAGUUUUAUCUCAAGUUGAUUCAUUUUCGAUUCUGCAUUAAAAAUCCUUUCUUAAAGAUUUUAAAUGUACAGUGUAUAUAUUUUGGAGUUGUUGCUCAAGCUCUUUGUUUGAAUCUGCAUGUUUGUAUUAUGUGAAACCACAGCUCCACACUCCCCCCACCACCUCAGAUCAACAUGAAUGUUUGUAUCAGUGCCUUAAUUCCACUCUGAGUGGGGACAAAAUCAAAGUCUCUGAACAUGUAUGACGGCUACCUUUCUUCUUUUUGUAAAGACUUAAAAAGGUUUUUAUUUUUUCUACAGAGGGAACAGAGUAUGAAAUUUAUAUUUGUGCAUAGAAGCCUAUUUUGGAUUAUAUUUACCGAGAGAUUAUUGUCCGUACUGUGAAUUGUUGACAUGCUCAAGUGUGAAAGGGAUUAUCAGACUGUGUUAAAUAUGAGACGCUAUAAAUCAUCAGAAAGUUAAUGAUAUAUGUAUUAUUGAAUGCUGAAUGUUUAUAUGGAGCCUCCUAAAAGAUACGUGCAUAUAAACAACAAAGGUGAUUAGCAUCACAAUAUUUGGAUUGUAAAUGCACUUAAAAGUAUUUUAAGAAAAACACUUCCCCAGUGGGCACAUGAAGAAAACCUGGCUGUUGAAGCAUGUGUACAUUUUUGGGCAAACAACAACAUGGAGUAAGAGCUCCGCCUUUUUAAUUCUUUUAGAUGAAAAUCGCGAUAACAGGAAAUGCAAGACAAGAGAUUUAUUUCUUUAAAUGCCUUAUAAUAUAACAGUAAUAAUAGUAAACCACUCGUGUGUGUGUGUGCGUGUGUUUGAAGUUGAGUCUCUGAAAGAGUGCAAUGUUUAAAUUGAGUCUUCUGUGUUUCCUAAAUUGUUUUAAAAUGUUUAGUCUCCUUCUCUUGGUUUAAGUGAAACUUCUUACCAUAGUUUAUACCUGCCUGAAUCUACAGUGUGUCAUUACUAGUACAAGAGAUGAUAAAGCAGUUUUCAUGGUCAGUGUUUUCAUUUAUCAACCGUCACAUCCAUCAUCAUUCAGCCAUUGAUUGUAUUUUUCGACGUUUGACUACCUCAUGUUUAUGAAUGUGUUUUUCUUUUUCAUAUAGCCACCAAGGUGUUUUUCAGAGCCGCUUCCUUUUGUAUCGAGAGUCUAGACUCAAUGAUGUAUAUGUUUUUGUUUUUUUUUAAUAUGCUGUAAGUAGGCACGUUUAUAUCCACGCUGCAGCCAAUAAA